AUUUCCCCCAGAGCGGUGCAUCUCCUCAAGACAAGACCUCAAAAUGGCAACCACGCUCCCCAAGGACAUCUCAAAAAUUGGGUCUGAAGUAAAACUUUUCGGCAAAUGGGACACUCAAGAGAUUGAGGUCACUGAUAUCUCGCUGACGGAUUACAUCCAAGUCCGCCAUGCCGUCUACCUCCCCCACACCGCUGGACGAUACGCGAAGAAGCAGUUCAAGAAGGCCCAGAUGCCCAUUGUUGAGCGAUUGGUCGACAGCUUGAUGAUGAACGGUCGUAACAACGGAAAGAAGCUCAUGGCAGUCCGAAUUGUUGCUCACGCUUUUGAAAUUAUUCACCUUAUCAGUGACCAGAACCCCAUCCAGGUUCUGGUCGAUGCUAUCGUUAACACUGGACCUCGUGAAGAUUCAACCCGUAUCGGAUCCCAGGGUACCGUUCGUCGUCAAGCUGUCGAUGUCUCACCUUUACGAAGAGUGAACCAGUCGAUCGCUUUAUUGACCAUUGGUACUCGUGAAUCCGCUUUCCGUAACGUCAAGUCGAUUGCCGAGUGCCUUGCAGAUGAGCUUAUGAACGCUGCCAAGGGAUCGUCUAACUCAUAUGCUAUCAAGAAAAAAGAUGAGCUGGAGCGUGUUGCCAAAUCCAAUCGGUGAAGAGAAGGCUCAUACAUUUUCCCUUCUCACUUGGACUAUGAACGUCAUUGGGAUGCAGAUAGAAGACGGAUGGGUUUGCCCUAUUGCUCCCUUGUCAUUGUGUCUAUGUCAUUCAUGCCAUUACUCGUUCACCAAUCGUUGGUCUGAAUGUACAUAAGGCCCAGGGAAAUGUGCUGUGAGGAGACCGGCGUGCGUUAAAAUAAAUCAAUUUUUGCUGAACGCUUUCGGAAUCAUUGGCAGGAUGAUUUUGAAACACAAUACACGUUCAUGUAAACAUUAUGGUGGGGUAAUCCAAGAGCCCGAAGAAAUUACUCAUAACAGGACAGG